UCUAUUGUGUAUAUGUGUAUAUGCAAGUGCAUGUUAUGUAACACGAUGGAGACACUACCAUCCAGUCAGUAUCAUAUCCUGCAUUUCCCCCUCUUAACUUCAUAUUGUAAACAUUUCCCCAAAUCCCAUAAAAACUCUUCAGACACUCUGUUGCUAAUGGCUGCUUAAUGUUGUAAUCUGUGAAUGUGUGAUUAGCCAUUCUCCUCUGUUUUUUUGGUUACUUCCAGUUUUUCCCUCUGCCUGUUUUUAGAGUCUUAGUUACUGGAUGGCUGCAUAGCAGGAGGGGGAGAUCUUGGUUGGCUUCCAGAAGGUGGAGAGGAUUAGCAGUGCAAGGUGGGGCACGGAGGAGGGCACACUGAGGUGGGGUUGCUCAUGUGUGGUGCCGUCUUGGGAGAACACCGAGAACCCAGGGCUCUAGAUCUUAAUCAUCAGUCUUUCUGGGUGGCUGCUUCUCCUUCCCCAUCACUAUGUACGGGUCCUUGUGUUGGCUUGGUUGCCUCAGCUUUUUCUUGAUGAGCCAUGGGUAAACCAGGAUAAACCCUUUUCUUCAAAGUCCACAAUCCAUCAGGAGGUGGAUUUCAGGUGUCUGGCAGGCCCAGACACAGGACCUACCGAUACUGAAAUAGAAAGUGUCAAAAGCCCCUCACUAAGUUGACCAGUUUGCUUCCCAUUUCCCAGUCCUUCCUGUCCUUCCCUUGCCCCAUCCCCCUCCAGUAGGCUAGGACUGAGGAGAAGGUAGAACUUGUCCUUGGGAGAAUAUGCAGUGCCUCCUCCUUAUAAGGUCAGUGUUCUCCUGAUUUGAUGGCUUGACUUGCUGCCCUACAACCACCUAAACCAAGGCCAAGAAUGUGGGGGUGGGGGGCAUCUGAAUACUGCACGCCAGCAGUAUUCACCUGCCCGCUGUGAGCUGUACUCCUGGGGGAAGGUUUCAGUUGCAGGACUUGGUAAGUGGGUCAGAAGGCUCAGGUGAGAGCAGGUCCUGCCUUGCUCUUAAAGUGCCAGAGGCUGAGCUGGGUUUGGGUUUUCCCUAUUGGUUAGAUGUCUGGCUGGGAGGAGAAGUGGUGUUAGGGGCCACCCCCUCAGCAAAGCCUCUCAGAGUGGGAGCCUUCGGCUGACUCACCACGUUUGGUUUCCGAACCUCCAUCCAAGUGAGGAUCCUUCUGGGUGCGAAGAUGACUUAUUUAUCUCCCUUCCCUCCGCAGGCCAUUUGUGGCCUGUUCCAAUGUGGAUUUCUUCAGCGGGUCUGAUGAAAAUAUUGAGGUUUAGUGUUUAGUGACUAACUGUAGUGUUUGACACACGGUAGCUGACGAACAAAUAUUUGUCGAAUCGAUGUUAUUUUGCAGGAGUCCCCGUCUCAGCUUAAGUAAAAACAAAGUAAAAGAAACAUACCAAAAAACAUCUAAACACAACAUCCCAGACAAACAAUUCUCCAGAGACUGGUUCUUCUUCAGGCACCCUAUCUGGGAAGGCCUUUGUGUCCUGCCGUGAGUGCUGGCUGCUGACAAAUGUUAUCUGCUGUGCCUCUGUAUUUUUAUGAGAAUCAAUUGCAGACUUUACCCAGGCUGGCUCCUGCAGCCAGUGAGGAUAAACAGACCCAGAAUCAUUGGGUGGCUCAAAGAAAGGAAAGCUGACUCAAAGCCCAGCUCUUCAGAUCGCUGUGGAUACGCUGCCUGUUCAUCUACAUCAUGGCGCUCCACCCCCGCAGGGUUCGGCUGAAGCCCUGGCUGGUGGCCCAGGUGGAUAGUGGCCUGUACCCUGGGCUCAUCUGGUUGCACAGGGACUCCAAACGCUUCCAGAUUCCCUGGAAACAUGCCACCCGGCAUAGCCCCCAACAAGAAGAGGAAAAUACCAUUUUCAAGGCCUGGGCUGUGGAGACAGGAAAGUACCAGGAAGGGGUGGAUGACCCUGACCCAGCUAAAUGGAAGGCCCAGCUCCGCUGUGCCCUCAACAAGAGCAGAGAAUUCAAUCUGAUGUACGAUGGCACCAAGGAGGUGCCCAUGAACCCAGUGAAGAUAUACCAAGUGUGUGACAUCCCCCAGCCCCAGGGCUCCAUCAUCAACCCAGGGUCCACUGGGUCUGCUCCUUGGGAUGAAAAGGAUAAUGAUGUGGAUGAAGAAGAUGAGGAAGAUGAGCUCGAUCAGUCACAGCACCAUGUUCCCAUCCAGGACACCUUCCCCUUCCUGAACAUCAAUGGUUCUCCCAUGGCACCAGCCAGUGUAGGCAACUGCAGCCCUGAAGCAGUGUGGCCCAAAACUGAACCUCUGGAGAUGGAAGUACCUCAGCCACCUAUCCAGCCCUUCUAUAGCUCCCCAGAGCUGUGGAUCAGUUCUCUCCCAAGAAGGAUAACUAUUGGCAGUGGCCUUCCUGAAUGCUGGUUGAAAGUGACUGACCUGGACAUCAAGUUUCAGUACCGUGGGAAGGAGUAUGGGCAGACCAUGACCGUGAGCAAUCCCCAGGGCUGCCGGCUCUUCUAUGGGGAUCUGGGUCCCAUGCCUGACCAGGAGGAGCUCUUUGGUCCUGUCAGCCUGGAGCAAGUCAAGUUCCCAGGUCCAGAGCAUAUCACCAAUGAAAAGCAGAAGCUGUUCACCAGUAAGCUGCUAGACGUCAUGGACAGAGGACUGAUCCUGGAGGUCAGCGGUCAUGCCAUUUAUGCCAUCAGGCUGUGCCAGUGCAAGGUGUACUGGUCUGGGCCAUGUGCUCCAUCGCUUGUUGCCCCCAACCUGAUUGAGAGACAAAAGAAGGUUAAGCUGUUUUGUCUGGAAACAUUCCUUAGUGAUCUCAUUGCCCACCAGAAAGGACAGAUAGAGAAGCAGCCACCAUUUGAGAUCUACCUAUGCUUUGGGGAAGAAUGGCCAGAUGGGAAGCCGCUGGAAAGAAAACUUAUCUUGGUUCAGGUCAUUCCAGUGGUGGCUCGGAUGAUCUACGAGAUGUUUUCUGGUGAUUUCACACGAUCCUUUGACAGUGGCAGCGUCCGCCUGCAGAUCUCAACUCCAGACAUCAAAGAUAACAUCGUUGCUCAGCUGAAGCAGCUGUACCGCAUCCUCCAAACCCAGGAAAGCUGGCAGCCCAUGCAGCCCACCCCCAGCAUGCAACUGCCCCCUGCCCUGCCGGCCCAGUAAAUCAAGCCUGUUGUCUCCCUUCUCUUUUUUACAAUAUUGUACAUAUGGAUAUUUUUUAUUAUUCUUUUAAACCUCUCUUCUUUCUAACGAUGUUGGUAGUCUCUGACUCUCCAAAUAUGCCUAGCUUUGAGAGUUGAUUUAAUUUAUGAAAAAUUGCCCUUCAUACUUUCCCUGUCUUUUUUAAGCCUCCUAAUGGUAGUAAUAUAGUAGAAGGAGAUUUGGCCUUGGAGUUUGGACAUCAGGGUUCUAGCUGCAGCUUUGCUUCCAUAGUGUGACCUUGAACCAAGUCUAACCUUGGCUCAGAUUCAUUACUGUAAAGUGAAGGGACUGGAAUGAUGCCUGAAAUAAUGCCAACUUUAAAAUUCUGACUCGAUGACUUCAUUCUACUUGUACAAGGGAAAACCGCCUGGAACAGAACCCUUCUGCAUUGUUCUUGUACCACAUUUUUUUUUUCUUUCAUUAAAGUUCCCUCAAGCACU